ACCAGUGCCACAGGCACACAGUGCAGUCAGUCAGAGGGAAGGAGGAACCAAAGACAGGACUUCUUCUCUUGUUAAGCAGUGCAUUUUCAACAGAGGGGGAGAAAACUUUGUCCUGCUCAUUUCCCUUCUUUUUUUUUAUUAUUGUAGCAGCUGACGGGGUGUUUUUCAUUUGAAAGAAAAAAAGAGUUAAUGAUACUUGAAUUUUGCUUGAAUUCACUGAGCAGCUAGCUUACAUUGGAAUCUGGAGGUGUCGGGAGAGGAGUGAACUGAACUUCUUAGGUGUCAAAACUAACAAGGAGAAGGCAGAAGGUACUAAGAAUAAACAACAUAAACAAUCUAUCUCAAAAUAUCAGAUUUUUGAGCCAAUUUCUCCAUAUUGACUAACUUAAAGAAGAUUUCGCAAAAGCUGCUUUCUGGUGCAGCAAUAAAAUCCUUUGAUCGAAGGAAGCACCAAUCUUGAAAAUGAGUGAUAAGCAUUUGCUGAAAAGCAGACUUUGCUUGUGCUUAAUAAUUCUGGCACACCUUCUACAUGCCAUGGCUGAGGAAGCCGCACUGCAGACUAGAGGGGAAAAUGAAAAGCAAUCAGAUGAGACAUUGCUGCAGUCUGAUGAAACACUUGAGCACCAUCAAAGAGUAAAGAGAGGCUGGGUCUGGAACCAGUUUUUUGUUCUGGAAGAAUACACAGGAUCGGAGCCUUUGUACGUUGGCAAGCUUCAUUCAGACAUGGACAGAGGGGACGGCUCUAUCAAAUACAUCUUAUCAGGAGAAGGAGCUGGCACUAUGUUCACUAUAGAUGACAAUACUGGUGAUAUCCAUGCCAUCCAGAGGCUGGAUAGGGAAGUGAAAGCCCAGUAUAUUCUACGGGCUCAGGCACUGCAACGUCGAACAGGCAUGCCCUUGGAACCCGAGUCAGAGUUCAUUGUUAAAAUCCAGGACAUUAAUGAUAACGAACCCCAGUUUCUGGAUGGGCCCUACACAGCGUCUGUACCUGAGAUGUCAGUGAUAGGUACCUCUGUUCUGCAAUUGACAGCUACAGAUGCAGAUGACCCCACUUAUGGCAACAGUGCCAGGGUUGUCUACAGUAUCCUACACGGACAGCCUUACUUUUCUGUGGAGCCCAGAACAGGCAUCAUCCGAGUGACUCUGCCAAACAUGGACAGGGAAGCCAAGGAGCAUUACGAAGUGAUCAUACAAGCCAAAGAUAUGGGCGGGCAGUUGGGAGGAUUAGCUGGGACUACAACUGUCAAUAUCACCCUUAGUGAUGUCAAUGAUAAUCCACCAAAAUUUGCACAGAAGCUGUACCAGAUGAGUGUGCCAGAGUCAUCCCCAGUUGGUUCCAUAGUAGGCCGGGUGAGGGCUAAGGACCUGGAUGAAGGGAUCAAUGCUGAAAUGAGAUACACCAUCAUUGAUGGGGACGGGAGAGACACGUUUGACAUCAGUACUGAUCCCACAAACCAAGUUGGCAUUAUAACCAUCAGAAAACCUCUAGAUUUUGAAGGUAAAAAGAGCUACACCUUAAAAGUAGAGGGAGCCAACACACAGCUGGACCACCGUUUCCUGAGGAUGGGUCCGUUCAGUGACGUGACCAUCAUACACAUCAGCGUAGAGGAUGUAGACGAGCCCCCACAAUUUGAUUCCAAAUUCUAUUAUGUGGAGGUGCCUGAAGAUGUGGAGAUUGGUACCGUCUUCCAGACAGUCUCUGCCAAGGACCUAGAUGUAUCUAAUAACUCUGUGAGAUAUUCCAUUGAGAGGAACAGUGACCCGGGGAGAUACUUCUACAUCGACAUCACAUCAGGGGCUCUAAUGACUGCAAGGCCCUUGGACCGCGAAGAGGUCUCCUGGCACAACAUUACUGUUAUGGCUAUGGAAAUGAACAACCCCACACAAAUUGGAAGUGUGUCAGUCACUGUGAAAGUCAUAGAUGUCAACGACAACCCGCCAGAGCUGGAAAAGUACUAUGAAGCCUUUGUCUGUGAAAACACUAAAGCUGGACAGCUGAUUCAGACAGUAACUGCCGUGGACCUAGAUGACCCACUCGGAGGUCAACAUUUCUACUAUAGCCUGGCACCCGAGGCAGCUAACAACCCAAACUUCACACUCAGAGACAACCAAGACAACACAGCCUGGAUAGUGACCCGGCGAGGGGGUUUCAGCCAGCAACAAUGGAGUAUUUAUUACCUACCAAUACUCAUAUCAGAUGGGGAACAGCCUGUGCAUAGCAGUACCAGUACCCUGACAAUCCGAGUGUGUAGCUGUGACACAGAGGGGAAUGUCAUGUCAUGCACUGCUGAAGCCUACACACUUCCUGUUAGCCUAAGCAGAGGAGCUCUCAUUGCAAUUCUAGCCUGCAUUUUUGUGUUACUUGUGAUGAUCCUGCUCAUCCUGUCCCUGCGGAGCCAGAGGAAGAAGCCCUACCUGACAGACGCGGAGGAGAAUGUACACGAGAACAUCGUGCGCUACGAUGAUGAAGGUGGCGGAGAGCAGGACACUGAGGCCUUUGACAUUGCCGCCAUGUGGAACCCGAGAGAAUCCCAGGUGGUGAAGUUCAGACAGGACAUGGUGUCGGAGAUUGAGAGCCUGUCCCGCUACGUGCCUCAGAACUACAUGGGGGACAGUAACGUUCAUGGUUACGUGCUGGCCAAGCUGUAUGAGGCCGAUGUGGACCCCUGCGCAGCCCCCUACGACUCCCUACAGACCUACGCCUAUGAAGGAGAGGGGUCCGUGGCGGAUUCUCUCAGCUCCUUGCAGUCUGUCACCACGAACACCGACCAUGACUAUGACUAUCUCAGCGACUGGGGGCCCCGCUUCAAAAAACUGUCUGACAUGUAUGGGGUUUCGGAGAUGGACAAUGCGUUAUGGUAGCCAUUUAGACUGUGGAACUAGUACCCAGUAUUUCACAAAUACCAUGCGUGCUGAACAGAAACUGUGCCCUUCUUUUUAUGAGAGAGUGUGAGUGCAUAUUUCACAAGGAGUAUGCAGGAUUUCUAGUAUUGCAUCUAAUGAGAACAAACUCCUGUGCAAGAGAAAAAUAACAUGUCCUUCUGUAAAGCUCAUUCACACUAACCUGGUAUUUCGGAUACAGAAGAACUUAGCAAUGUGCUGCUAAGGUAUUUUAAGUAUUGUGUUUGAUUAUAAGAAAGAUCGCAUAUUACUGGCCUAGGUAGCCCAUCCUGUAAAUUUAAAAUGGGACUUUAUGGCAAGAAUCCCUUAUGGAUUGUAAAGAAAGUAUUACAUUUACACUUUUCUCACUGCCGGUGGUUUACAGCCUCAUGGUAAACAGUGCAAAUCCUAUGUACUUCCAAUAAUGUAUAUAAUUUUUUUUUUUUUUUUAAAUUUAGGGAUGCAUAUACAUUUCCUGCUCAUAUUUAUUAAAAUACAGUAUUUAUAUUUUAUAUAAAUUAUUGGAAAUAUUAGAGGCACAUUCCUGUGAUUUUCAAAAAAUGUAGAUGCUAUAGUUCCAUCUAAUUAUGAUGUAGCUGAGUAAGAUAAACAGUGUAAAUUAUGUGUAAAAAGCCUCCCACAUACUGAAACCUGACAGUUUGAGUACUGCUGGAAGUGCUUGUUUCUCUAGUUGUAAUGCAAGGAAUGACUUUGUUAGUGUACUGUAUUGCCUGACUGCCUUCAACUUCCCUGUUUUUUUUUUUGUUACUAAGCAACCACAUAUUGUUGUACAAAUGGGAGCUAAAUAAUGUUCUAUUUACACAGUGCAGCCCAGGGCUCCCAUCUACGGAGCUACCCAUGGAGGUGUUUAAAUGUUUUUUAAAAAUGUUUAAAUAUAGUUUGCAGAAAGUUUACACUCACCAUGAACUCAGUAAACCACUAGUUGUUUGCAGUGUAUAAAUGGGAUUAAUUCAAACGCAGGCCCUUGAGUUUAAAGGGAGGCAAAACAUGUACAUGAAUGACUGGUUGUAAAUCAAUAGACUGGCAUCUAACCUUAUCUGUGGAGUUAUCUUUGAGCCCUAAGUAGGAUGAGCAGACUUUAUUCUAGACUGUAUAGCUGUGAAACCAUUGAGGAUUUAAAACGGCAGUUAAUUUGAUGAUCUGCCAGUGCCAAAUGCAAAGUAAACCUUCUACAAGAGAAAGCCAAAUAUGGAAAGGAAAAAUACGUCGUACAGUAAGGAGGGCUCAGACCUGUUAUGUCUGUCUGUCUGAGCAAUGUUUACAGGGGAAACCUACUUGAAUUACACACAGUAAGCAACAAUGUUACAAAUAUUUGAAUGUAUAUACAUAUAUAUUUUGUAUAUUUGGUAAUAAAAAACUUUUUGUAAAUACCAGUAGGUAUGUUGUGCUGAACAUGGAUACUGUAGUACUUUUUUUUUUCCUAGUUCCAACUCUUUCUCACUCUUGGAACAGAUAGAAGACUGUAUGUAAAUAAUGUUUGUUUGCUUACUUAAUCAAUCUUUUUUUCACUGCAGCACAAGGAAACAAUGACAUGUUGAGGUCCCAGGCUGGGGGUCACUGUUCCACAUUUUAAGGACCAUAACAGCCAAAGUCACCCUAUCAUCAAACUAGUGUUCAGAAAGAAAAAAAAUACUAUGAUAUAUACCCCAAUGUUACUGUAUACCACAGUUAUUGUAAAUACAAUAAAAUAUUAUCCAUUCAAAUUAAAUGAUCCUCUGUUCAUCAGGUCUUU